GUGCCUACAGAUACUCUCACCUUACGAUGUUCACAUGCGACAACUGAGCGUCAUCCAGCUUUCGAUGUACCGCAUCUGUCUCUUUGUUCCUCCGUCCGGCGAGUCCUCCACACCCCCCAAACCUCCGGCGCACGGCUUAACCGUUGCCAUCUUGCCAGUAUUUAAACUAUCCGGCCAUCCCCCCCCGCGUUUCGGUAAUCUUUCGCGAUCCCCUAUACCCAAACAUACAGAUUCCAUCACUCUCCUACUCAAACCCACCAAAUACCCCCAAAACAAACAGUCAACAUGGGUCUCGCCAACGAUAAGUUUCCUUCUUCGGCCGCUUUCGACGCCAUCAACUCCGUACUCGGCGCCAGCGAGCCCGAUCGCAAGGACGCCAUCAAGCAGGGCAACGCCAUCUUCGCCUUUACCCUGAAGAACGCGGCCGGCGAGACCGAUAGCUGGCACAUUGACCUCAAGGAGAAGGGCGAGGUUGGCAAGGGCACUGGCCAGAAGCCUACCGUCACACUGUCUCUGUCCGACGCCGACUUUGGCAACCUCGUCCAGGGCAAGGCCAACGCGCAGAAGCUCUUUAUGUCGGGCAAGCUCAAGAUCAAGGGCGAUGUCAUGAAGGCCACCAAGAUGGAGCCCAUUCUGAAGAAGGCCCAGACCAAGGCCAAGUUGUAAAUUUGUCGCGACGGUCGUGGUGGACAUUGUCUUGUCGGUAAUACCCUGUACCAUACCUACCAGCUGUAUCGGCCAUUGGAUGCUGGACCUGGAUGCGCGCCAAAUGUAGCGUUGCCGUAGGAAACGAGAAUAUGACCAUUUAUCUUGCAUAUGAUCGAAUAUUUCCAAGAAGAAAAGGUGAGAGACUCAUG